CAAAAUAGCGAAACCCGAGACCGCCACCAUCCGGCAGCGGCAGCAGAGCGGGCAGCGCCACUGCGCGGCAGAGCCACACGCGCGGCCAUCAUGGCGCCGCCGGCACCGUCCUCCAGGACGACCCUCUCCCGCGCGGUUCUGUACCUCCUCCUCCUCCUGUCCCUGCAGGUCGCCGCGCCCGCUGCCGCGGCCAUGGACCCCGCCGAGCGGGAGACGCUGCUCCGCGUCAUGGAGUCCGUCUCCGCCGACCGCGACUGGCGCGAGGCCGCCGGCGCCGACCCCUGCAGCGCGCCGUGGCCGGGGCUCGAGUGCAGGCCCGGGACCGCGGCGGCGCGGAUGCACGUCGCGCGCCUUGACUUCGGCGUGCCGCCCCACCCGACGUGCAGGGACACGGCCACGUUCCCGCUCGCCGCGUUCGCGCUGCCGGAGCUGCGGUCGCUGUUCCUCGUCGGCUGCUUCAGGAACCCCCGCGCCGUCGCCGCCUUCACCUUACCGCCGGCGUCCAACCUCUCGGCGUCGCGCCUGCAGCAGCUCAGCGUGCGCUCCAACCCGUCGCUGGCCGGCGCGCUGCCGCCGCAGCUGGCCCGCCUCCGCUCGCUCCGGGUGCUCACCGUGUCCCAGAACGCGCUCGUCCGCGGCGCCGUCCCGGAGGGCAUCGGCGACCUCGCCGGCCUCGUGCACCUCGACCUCAGCUACAACUCCCUCACCGGCCCGAUCCCGGCCCGGCUCGGCGGUCUGCGCGGCCUCGUCGGCCUCGACCUCAGCUACAACUCCUUCUCCGGCCCCAUCCCGGGCCGCCUCGGCGACCUCGCCCAGCUGCAGAAGCUGGACCUCAGCUCCAACAACCUCACCGGCGGCGUCCCGGCCGCCGUCACCCGCCUCAGGGCUCUCACCUUCCUGGCGCUCGCCAACAACGGGCUGCGCGGCCGCCUCCCCGCCGGCCUCUCCGCCCUCCGCGACCUGCAGUACCUCAUCUUGGAGAACAACCCGAUGGGCGGCGUCCCGCUGCCGCCCGAGCUGGGCAACAUCCCCAGGCUCCAGGAGCUCCGGCUGGCCAACUCCGGCUACUCGGGCCCCAUACCGGACACGUUCCGCCUCCUGUCCAGCCUCACCACGCUGUCGCUGGAGAACAACAACCUCACCGGGCGGAUCCCGCCGGGGCUCAGCCGUCUCAAGCGCAUGUACCACCUCAACCUGAGCAAGAACGGGCUGGACGGCGUCGUCCCUUUCGACGCCGCGUUCCUCAGGCGGCUCGGCCGGAACCUGGACCUGAGCGGCAACCCGGGGCUGUGCGUCACCAACCGGGCCGUCAUGCCGGGCGUGGGCGUCGGAGUCUGCGGCGACGACGUCGUCGACUGCGAACGGUCCGCCGCCGCGGAGAGCUCGGUCGUCGGGAGAGUGGUCAGGGGAGAGGUGACGACGGGUCGCUGGCCGGCCGGGCUGCUCAGGCCCGCCGCGGUUGCGCUGUGCAGCUGCCUUUUGCUCUGAGCUCCUCUGAUCAUCCAGGGUCGGUGCAUUGCAUGCAAUUGUUUGCACCCGUUGAUCUCUGAUCCUCUGUACGUAGGUGCGUUGCUGUAACUCGCGAUGUUGAUUGUUUGAGGUGUGUAGUUGGGAUUCGUGACAAGUCCAAGUGAAGCGUGAAGACCCGGGAGUUAGGAUGACGUUGUUUCUUUUGUGCGUGAUUGGCACACGUAGGGUUUGUCGGAUCACUUCAUUCACAUUCGGUUAACCGAGCGCGUGACUUCUGACAAUAAUACAGUCGUCAAACACGCUGUCCGUGGUUAUAAUUGCCAUAAAACACACGUAGACGGUCGACCGAUUAGUAAAACUUUUCCUUCUUACA